AUGGCUCAUCAAUAUCUGAACACUAUAGGCCUACUCUGCCUCAUGCUAGCUGCCGUCAUCAGCGGCUCUAAUGCCGGUGUGAUCUCCGUGUACUGGGGUCAGAAUGGAAAUGAAGGAAGCUUAGCAGAUGCUUGUGCCACUGGCAAUUAUGGAAUUGUGAACAUAGCUUUCUUAUCCACCUUUGGUAAUGGCCAGACCCCGUCACUCAAUCUCGCUGGCCACUGUGAUCCUGCCUCUAAUGGUUGCACUGGUUUGAGCUCCGACAUUAAAGCUUGCCAGAACCAAGGAAUUAAGGUCAUGCUCUUUGUUGAUGCUGAAUUUUAA